UCUUCAGUUGUGCCGCAGCACUUAAACCGAGAGCUUACAGAUAUUUGUCCUUGGCAUUGAAGUCGGACUUCACACAUCAGCAUCAGGAGAGCUGCUCUUGAUCGAAACGAGUGACUGCUAAUAAACAUGAUUCAAGCCGACGACUAGUGGUGUGUGAGCUCUUUUUUUUCUCGGGCCCAAGAGUAGUGAGUCGAGUGUGGACGGGUCGUUUCACUCCUGCCUAGUGUCUUGAGCGAGCAGUUACCAAAAAACAACUAGGAUGGAUUUCUAAUGUGCCUGUGAUUUGAACAAAAAGCCCUUUGGUGUCUUUAUUUUAAAAGUAUAGUAGUAGUAGUAACAACAACAGUAUUGUGCAGUGGUCCAAUCAUUGUCGACAUCAUCAUUUCGGUGGUGAUUCUUUCAAGUUUGCGGUGAUUCAUUGUUGCGUUCCAAGAUGUCUUGGAAAGAAAACAAAGUCCGGCUGUACACGCCGUCGGAUGACCGGAUCCUCACCGAUAAGAAGCCCGACAUUCAAGAUCUCUUGCUCCUGGGACAGGCCGCUGUCACAAGCCUUCACCAUCCGGGAUCAUCCUCAACAUCCUCUUCCUCCUCAACAUCAACUUCCACCUCUUCGUCAACACUGACAAUCGCAUCAUUGCCACCAUCGGUACCUCAUCCCUUGCCUCAAGUUUCCAUUGCCCCGAAUCCAGUGACCAAGGCUGGACCUUUAGUCUCCCCCUCGCCCGUGUUGUCUUCGUUGGUCAGCGCACCGCCCAGUGCCUUAGUCGGGGUUCGUCCACCGGCCUUACCAUUCCAUCCAAUCCCUCGAUUGUCGAAUGAUUCUGGGAUCGAUCUCUCGUCGACGGAGCGGGACCCGCCAUUGGCUUUCAUUCAUCCCAAACCCGCUUCCGAUGGGAUCGUUCCCCCAAACAACAAUGAGCGCCUAUCUAUGCCUCCACCCCCGCCCCCGCCUCUUCCACGGGGCAGCUCCGGGUCCCCACCCACCAGUGUGUCAUCCACGAGUGAAGAGGAUGGAUACGUCAAUGCUAUCCCGAAUCGAUCUGAUAUAGAAUUCGACAACAAUGACCAGGUCCUAUGCCGUGUGUGUGGCGACAAAGCAUCGGGAUUUCAUUAUGGUGUGCACUCAUGUGAAGGCUGCAAGGGAUUCUUUCGAAGAUCGAUCCAACAAAAGAUCCAGUAUCGUCCGUGUACCAAGAACCAACAGUGCAAUAUCCUCCGGAUCAAUCGCAACCGUUGCCAAUAUUGCAGACUUAAGAAGUGUAUAUCAGCAGGCAUGAGCCGUGACGCUGUCCGAUUCGGCCGGGUUCCAAAGCGUGAAAAAGCCAAGAUUUUGGCGGCCAUGCAAUCAUCACGGAUGAAAACCCAAGAGUCCAAAGUUCUCGGUGAGAUGAACGAUGAUGGCAAAAUCAUUGAAACCAUCGUUCGAGCCCAUUACGACACAUGUGACUACACACGAAAUAAAAUGGAACCAUUUAUCCAGAACGCCAAGACACAACCUUCGUAUGCCGUUUGCUCAGGAAUGACCUGCCCCAUGAAAGGCCGACCCGAGGACUCCCUGCUGGAACAGUUCUCUGAACGUUUCAUGGAGCAUGUGCGCCAAGUGUGCACGUUCGCCAAACUCAUCCCAGGAUUCAAAUGUCUCCAUCACGACGACCAAGUGACAUUGUUGAAAUCUUGUGUGUUUGAAGUCCUACUCGUUCGUUUGGCCGGACUCUUUGAGAACCAGGGUUUGAUCUGUUUGAAUGGGGAUAUCAUUCGCAAAGAAACCAUCAACCAAAUGCCACAGGGUAACGCCAAGUUUCUCAUGGACUCGGUGUUCGAUAUCGCCCAAAGACUCAAUCAUUUCCGACUCUCAGACGCCGAGAUUGGACUCUAUUGCUCAGUGGUCAUCAUAACAGCAGACCGACCUGGCCUUAGGAACCCGGAGCUAGUCCAAAAGAUGCAAAGCAAGCUGAAGAUGGUGCUGAACAAGAUCUUAUCCCCCCAACACGCAGAUCAGCCUACCAUCUUCUCGGAGUUGAUGACCAUGAUCCACGAUCUCCGUACCCUUAACACGCUUCACACGGAGAAGUUCCUUCAACAAUGUAAAGUGAACAACGCCCACAUAGCUACCGCCUCUCAGCAAUGCACACGGAGCUACCUCCAGAGCACCCUGGAACGCAAUUCCCGCUGGGAAGGGGUGGAUCGCGAAUCCACUGGCAACGCCAGUCCUCAGUCGUCAGACACCCAUUCAAAUACUAGCACCGAAGAUCAUAACUCGCGGCGAAGUCCCAUCGGCUCAGUGUCAAGUAGUGAGUCGAUCUGCGCCUCCGAGGUGUCUCGACUGACGGUUCAUGACCUCCGUGUACACGGGAGCGUCCUCAUGAACGCUUUGACGAUUCCCUCACAGACCAGCUCUGCCGCUACAGUGACCGUCACGAGGAAGAGGACCAAUCUGGAAGACCCCACUCACGGAGACCAAAGCCAUCACGUCUCGGGAGUUCAUCCUGCUUCCACCGGAGCCUCGGUGGCCACCAUCUCCAAGUUCAAAGUACGAAAACUUGAUUCUCCUAGUGACUCUGGAAUUGAUUCGCCUCGUGCUUGUCAAGGGUCAUCCCACAGUACAAAUACCAGCGUUUGCUCUAGUCCUCGCUCAUCUUCUCUGGAGGAAGAGCAGGCCAGAAAAGAGGCCGUCGAGGACGCUUCUCGGGCCAAUGGUAGUUCCAGCUAUCAAGGCUCCAGUACAAGAUCGCCAGGACGUGAGGAACAGCAUCCUCUUUUGAAGCGGGCACUCCAGCAGCCUCCUCAACCCUAUCAUAACGUGCCGGUUGCCACCUUCCAGGACGAAGUAUACAAACCGCACAAGAAAUUCCGACGUCAUUUCCCACCUUCGGAUGAUACUCCCAGUUCAUCCACCCAGAGUGAUCGUCGAUCACCCAUGGGGUCAACUCACUUAGGGAGUCUCUUGGCCACUCAGUUGUCUGAUCCCCAACCCAGACACUCUCUUCUGGCCUCAACCCUGAGUAAGGGCGCCUCCAUGGCCCAGGAGGAAAGCAAAAGAAACGAGCUUUUGGCCAACCUGAUCCUCAAUCCCACUAGCAGUACCUCGGUGACGGCGUCCAUGAAAUCCGGUCUCUUGAUGUGCGCCCCCGCCAGAACGGAUGGGUUGUCGCCGUCUCCCUCCUCCGUUGUCAUGAGCAGCAAUGGACGCCACAUACCCGUACCCGUGGUCCCCACCCAGACAAGCUCCCUGCUCGCUGCCCUGACAUCCAAGGGUGGCCCGGCCAUGGACCUGGCCUCUACAGUAGUACCUUCAUCCAAGAUGUCUCAACUAGUUGCUGCCGCGGAAGUUGUGGAAUCCAACCAACAACCUUUGAACCUCUCCACAAGGACACCUCCACCUCCUUCCACAACUCCAACCAGCAGCGGAGGACGAGUGACAGCCUCGUCCCAAAUGGGUGCCCCGGCUGCACCUCAUCACGAUAUUCCCACCGAAGCUUAAAGAAUUCAUUCUGAAGACAAACAAAACACACACACACACACAGACAGAACCAUCGCCGGCACUGAAACCCCAGUUGUGAUGUUCAAAAGAGGGUGACGGUCCAAUUGGAGAGGAACACGUCAAAGGCGAAACCUGGUGAUGAACCACGACUCGAGGCAACACAAUCAACGCAGAGAGGAUUGACGAAGCGUUCCUUGUAGACAGUUUCUGAUAUGAGUUGUAGUUGAGUACUCUGUUCCAAUUGCCUCUUGAUGUAUCUCUCUCAAACCAGUAGUAUUCUUCCACUCGUAAUUCUCUCUGUAAUUCCUUUCUCGAUCAUCAUCCCCUUUGAAGAUCCCUCUCAACAUCCCCCCCCUCCCCCGAAAGACCAUAACCACGUUAUUAUCCGAGUAAGCUUGAUUCCCACCCUUUUCUUCGGAUUCCCAUCAAGUCCUGGACAAGAAAUCAUGCCAUAGCGAUAUGUGAGAAUGAUGAGCGGCCAGAGAGUGCGUUGUUUGAAUGUAAAUAUAUUUUUAAAGGAGCUCUUGAUGAAGAUGAUGAUUGCAAUGACGAACAAGCUUAAGAAAACCUUGAUGAUGAAAAUAGUAGCACGACAGUCCAUAUCUACCCCACAACCAUCAUUAUUUUCAUUAUCAUUACCACUACUACUAUUCUAUUAUUAUUGCAACAACAACAACAGCAACAACUCGAUACCGAAUAUUAUCAUUAGUUCCAUUCGUUCUCAAUCCAGUCAGAAGUACGGAAAUUCGUCAAGAUUUCUUUCAACGCGCGGAAUUUGGUGCAAUACUACUACUACUACUAAACUACAUUACUAAAAAAGCAAAGCAAAGCCCUCGAUCUUUUCAUCGAUCAAGUUGAGGCACUUCAUUCGUAAUUGAAAAACCAUAAUUCUUUCAAGUCAGAAAACCAUCCUUUCUGGGUUUUCUUUUGGUUUGUCCCCCAUCCUUUGUUUGGUUUGAAGAGGCGCCCGCGGACCCUUUCGAUUCAUCUCAAGAUUUGUGAUACUUUCUUUCCAUCCUUCGGAUCGAUAUUUAUUGGGCAUGGAAAAUUGGCCCAAUACUUUCUUUUGUUCUUGACCUCAGACUCACACAAAAAACAAAGCAUAUUUCCAUCAUCCAGAAUCCGUGAUACACAAUUCAAACCCUAUUCAAUCCAAGGAGAAGCAAGUAAAAAAGAACGACCAAAAUUUAACCCCACGCAAAUCUGAACUCUAAUUUUUGGGAAAGAGAGCUCAAAAUUUGAUCGCCCAGCCAUUUGAUUCACUUUUGAAGAGGUGGCGAUUUAGACCUCUAUAUUUUUCCUUUACAAAUUCCUUGUGAUGACAGAAAAAUCGUCCAAAUAAAAACUGAGAGAGAAAACAGGCAACUAUUUUUAACAAUCCUCUCACUCAGACCCCAAUUGAACACGUUUGGCUUCCCUUUCCUCUUCCCUUCAAUGUUAAAACAUUGUAUUUCCCAUCAUCCCCUAACCGGUGUUGUCUCUUGCUUUCGAAUGGGACCUGACGAUUGUUUCAGAGGAAAUAUAUCUCACUGGUUUCAAACUGAAUGAACAAAGGCUUGAGCACAUGUUUCCUCUGCUGGAUAGGAGUUUUAAUUUCAAUUGAGCAAAACCAAUUCCCCUCAAAGUCUCCAUACCACCCACAUCCCCACAACAAUCCUCAAAACACGAUAUUUUAUGCCAAAUUGUUUCAUCAUUUUUGGAAAUACAAAGAUCGUAUGCUUGUAAGUAUUUUGUAAGCUUGAGAAUUUAUUGAACAAUUUAAUAAAUGUUAAAAAACCA